CCAAAACGCUCCUUCCUCUUGUCCUCCUGUUCAUGUUCCUCCAAUUUGGGUUUUGAAUCCCAUAGCUGCCAUUCUUCAUCAAAUUCUGCUGCUUUGAAAUUAAUCCCAGAAAGAAGCAAUCAAAACCAUGUCAGAAGGCAAUCAGCAGCUACAAGAACGGGAGACGGAUGAUGCUGAAGCUGUAGCUCUCACUGAUGCUUCAGACAUAUGCGCCCAACUCAUGGAGCGCUAUGCCAAGUCCUCCGCUUCACAGCACCGCCAUCUCCUCGCUUCCGCCGUCGCCAUGCGCUCUAUUCUCCAGUCCGAGUCCCUCCCCCUCACCCCUGCCGCAUACUUUGCCGCCGCUAUUUCCGCCAUUGAUAAUGCUUCCGCUUCCGAGGCCUUCGACCCCACUGCCUUAUCUGCUUUGUUGUCCUUUUUAGCCAUUACGCUCCCCUUGGUACCGCCUAGGGGAAUUUCUGCUCCAAAUGCUAGCGAAGCGGCGGGCGUACUGGUGGUACUGCUGGGGAUGAAAAGCUUGACUGUGUCCACCGUGAGGGCUGCGGUGAAGUGCUUGGGGAUUUUGUUAGGAUUUUGUAAUUUGGAGGAUUGGGCUUCCGUACAGUUAGGAUUCGAUACUCUGUUGAAGUUUUCGGUUGACCGACGUCCCAGGGUUCGACGUUGUGCCCAAGAUUCUCUUAUUACGUUUUUGAACUCUUUGAAGCAUUCUGCUAUUAAGAAAGAGGCCAGCAAUCUGGUUUUUUCUCUCCUGAAAAGCUGCAUGCCCUCGGCCAUUAAAUUAAGUACCAUCACCCCUGUUGAUGGGCGUGAGGAAGAUAAAGAAUCACAUGGUCAACAUCUUGAUGUCUUGCACAUACUGAAUCUUAUCAUUCUUGCCAUUCCAUUACUAUCAAAAAAAGUUCGUUUGAAAAUUCUUAAAGAAUUAAUUAAACUUGUAAAUCCCCAGUUUUCCAUAGUUACAGGGCAUAGUUUCAAAGCGAUGGAACUUAUUUUUAAAUCUUCAAAAGCUGGAGUUGUUGCUUUGGAGGUGGAAAGCAUUAUUGUUUCAAUUGGCUCAUACCUUUCUUUGGGAGAUAAGAACCCCUUGGACACGGUUCUUUCUGCUACUACGCUAUUGAAAUGUGCCAUGGAUGCAGGAGGUUCAAGCAUAGCGAAGAAAAAUCUUCCUGUAGUUUGUGGUUAUAUGGCAGGUCUUUUAGCUUCCGAUGCGAGUAAGGCUUUACAUGCUUCAAGUGUAUUGAAAGAGUUAAUACAGGAUUAUGUAGAUCAAGAAUGCUUGAUUGUUAAAGAUUCCCGUCUAGAAGACUGCAACUUGGAGAACAUCGAAGUACAAGCCCUAAAGUCAACGUGUUCCAUUUUUGAGGAUGUCCUUAAUAGCUACGAGGGAGAUCUUGGGAAAUAUAUUUUGGAUGUCAUAUCUGCUUUGUUUCUCAGGCUAGGAACAACUUCUUUCAUCUAUAUGAAACGUAUUUUGCUCAAGCUUGCUGAUUUGAUGAAUAUCGCAGGGAAUAUAUCUAACAUCGAUAAUCUUCAGAACUGUAUUGGAUCUGCUGUAACCGCAAUGGGACCCGAGAAGAUACUUACUCUUAUUCCUAUAUCCAUAAAUCCUGGCGACUUAACUGUGCAAAACAUGUGGUUGGUACCAGUUCUACAAAGUCAUGUUGUUGGAGGAUCACUUGGGUAUUAUCUGGAAUAUAUUGUGCCCCUUGCAAAAUAUUUUCAGGACGAGAGUAGUAAAGUUAAGAAGAUUGCGACAUGUAAAAAUCUACAGACAUGUGCCUGUAAUUUGUGGAGAUUACUACCUGCUUUUUGCCGCCAUCCUAGUGAUAUGCACCAAAGAAUUGGAAUGCUAUCUGAACUUUUAAUUACACUUCUUAAAGAAGACUCUUUUAUGCAUGAAGAUGUUGCUGUUGCCUUACAGGUCCUUGUGAAUCAGAACGCAGUUGUACCAAAUUUCAAUGAUGUAUCUGUUUAUUCAAAGAAAACGGAGAGCAAGAACAUGAAGGCAUUGGUAUCAUGUUCAACUAAGUUGCUUCAGCCUUUAGUGGAGUUAUUUGUUGAUUCUGUACCAACAAAGCGCGCACAUUUGAAGGAUGCCAUUGGAUGCUUGGCUUCUAUCACAGACUCCAGGACAACCAAAAAGGUUUUUAUGUCACUUCUUGAAAGGUUUCAGUUUCUAAAUACUAAGGGUGAGUUUGAGGAGCCAGGAGCCAAUGCUGAUGAGAAUGCUGAAGGAAAUACUGGGACAAGAGAGAUUGAUCUUCAAAGAUGUGUAAUGUUGGAGCUAGCUUCAGCUAUCAUCAAGGGAGCUGAUGAGGAUCUAAUUGAUCUAAUCUAUAAAUUUGUUAAGUUUUCUUUUCAGGGAUCUUAUGGGUUGAGCCAUCAUGAAGUGUAUCAAACUCUGAGCAGAAUUUUGGAGGAACAUGCUUGGGUUGCUUCUUCUAGAUUUCCUGACCUGGUAGAUAUGUUAAUUGAUCUGCAAUCUCCUGCUGAAACUUCAUCUCAAAGAAGUCGGUUUGCUUGCUUCCACAUUCUUCUGGUUCAUUCAUUGAAGGUUAGCUCGGUAGAGGAGAGCAACAAGGCUUUUCUUAUGCUCAACGAGAUUAUAGUCGCAUUAAAAAGUGCAGAGGAAGGCAGCAGGAAAGCAGCUUAUGACAUUCUUCAUUGUAUCAGUUGCAGCCUAAAAGAUUUGUCUCAUACAAACUCUGAUGCACAUAAAAAAUUUGUGGCCAUGAUAUUGGGCUAUCUGUCUGGUGCAUCUCCUCACGUAAAGAGUGGAGCAAUCUCUGCACUCUCAGUGCUGGUCUAUGAAGACGCAGAUAUAUGUCUUUCAAUCCCUGAUCUUGUGCCUUCCCUCUUAUCUUUGCUACGAGGAAAGGCUAUAGAAGUUAUAAAAGCAGUGCUAGGGUUUGUGAAAGUUUUAGUUUCUUCCUUGCAAGCUAAGCUUCUUCAGAGCAUCAUUUCUGAUAUUCUUACAGCGACUCUACCUUGGUCGUCUGUCUCAAGGCAUCAUUUUAGAUCGAAGGUCACAGUGAUUUUGGAGAUUCUCAUACGAAAAUGUGGUUAUGCUGCAAUCGAGGGUGUUAGUCCUGAAAAGUACAAGGCUUUCAUCAAACCUCUUGGGGAGAAACGCCAUAACAAGACCAAUUCCAAGGAUGCUGGUGAUGCUAAUGCAGAUGUUGCAGAUUCAUCUACUAAUGGGGCAACGGAUAAGCAACAGGACGGGCUGGAUUCUCGUUCCAAGAAAAGUGAAUCGGGUCAUCACAGGAAAAGGAAGUGGGAAAAACCUUCUGGUUUGAUCGGGAGCAAAACUGAUGAUACUUUCACUGAGGAUGGUGGUAGAUCUAAGAUGAGAAAAAGAGUUGCAACCUCCAAUAAUAAGAGGAAUUUGAUGGUGGAUGGUUUAGGAGACGGUCGCAGAACAAAAUUUUCAAGGCGUGGUGCUCCUAGAAAAGAUGGAAAGAGAGGGAUUGAACAUGGAAACAAGCAUCAGAAAGAAAGAUUUGGAGUUCGUAGGCCUUUUAAAGCUUCAAAAUCUAAUCACAAGAACUCCUCUAGUAGAUGAUGGGGAUCUUAUUAGUCGGAUAUCUUUGAAGGGAAAAACUGUUAUUGCAAGCUAGAAGAUCCACAUCGCACGAGCCCCUGCAUUGCUUGUUAAAGUCACCUGGAUGUUCCUCUGUUUUCAGGAAGAUGUAACUGGGAAUGCAACGAAAACGAAUUCAAUACGAGCAAAGCAGGUCCUUUUUUUAGGAUCCUUUACAAGAAGGAACUUCAAUGCCAACCUCUAAAUGUCUCCAUGGUGGUGGUGGCGGUGGUGGUGAAUUAAUCAGCUUUACACUGACGAUUCUCCAAGGCUACUCUUUUCUUUUUAAAUUAUUGCAUCACAAGUGAUAGGUGAGAAUCCAAACCUUCACUUCAAAAUAGAAAAGUAUACAUGUCUUAUGUUUAAUCAUGUUCAAGAAGCGUGAGGUUAGUUUACUUAUAUUGUAAGACAUUUAAGAUGUUCUCUAUAGUACUGAUUUGUUAUACAAAGCAGCAGCUUUGGAGAUUUCAGUUCAAACAAAAUAUUAAAACGGCUCAAGAGAUUGGUUCGACCUUCAAAUUUAAAUCCAUGGAACAGGCUAUUUUGAUGAAAGAAAAAUAAAAGUAAAAUAUUGCAUA